GGCAGCCUGGAGACUCGAGUCUUAGUGGUGUUCUAUUUGGACCGGUCGUCAGUUGUGUUGAGGCUGUGCCCGGUUACCUCAUCCACCUCGUACGCCCGCAGUGACGAUUAGGAACGAACGAUCCCCCGCUGUCUUCUACCACCCCGUCGAUCUCAUCGAUUGGGUGAUUAGCUGAGAGGCAAACAAGGAUUGGUAGAGACAGUCUGUUGAACCUAAUCAGCGCAAUGUAGUCAGGGAGAGACUCGGUGAAAGCCUAAAGCUCUAACAGACAAAUCCCACAUGAGGAGCCCCGCACCACAGGCAGGGUCGUCGGUCGGUCCGUCUCGCACUGACCACUCCAGAGGAACCUUUACCUGUACCACCUCUCACCACCACCUGUGUUGCACCUGGACUGUACCGUUCUCAAGUGUACCGUGAACCCAAAGAGUGAAUCACGAUGGAUAUGAGUGGGAUGGACCAAACGGGUCAGGCGGCCGCGGGGGGCUACAUGAACCGAUGGUACGACGGCACAGAGGGGGGCCACUCCGGCCUACACCAAGACUACUACAACAGUAUGGCUCAAGCGAUGCACUGCGCCUAUGGCAACAAUAUGGCCGCACGGAUGGGUUCCAGUCAGGUGUUCCGGCCGCACUUCGCUUCGCCGCUCCACCCGUGGUUGGGCGGUGAUAAGAGCAUGGUGGGCGGCUCUUCUCCCUCCUGGCACUCGCCCUUCUCCAAACCGACACAUUACGGCCACGCCCAUUCCUCCACAUCUCCCGCGCCACACUCCAACUCUUACUCCUACGCGUCUUCAGGCCUCUUUGCGUCCGCCUUCACCAAGGACGAGACGAUGGCGGGCAGCGCGGGGGGCGGCGGACCAGUCUCCGAUUACUCCAUGGGCGGGGGCGGCGACGGUUCAGACCUGAAGAGCGCGCCCAUGCUGUCCCCCCUGGGCGCCUGUGCCAACAAGAGUGGGCGUGAAGGUGCGGGCUUUUCCUCCACCCCGGGGGUGAGCGGAGGCGGUGGGGAGGCCUCAGCCACGCCCCUCCUCCCCUCCUACCCCCCAUACCCGGGCUCCCUGGGCGGGGGGUCAGAGUUCCCCAACCCCUACUACCCGCCCUCCUCACACUUCAACAAGGCGCUCUGCCACGACAAGCCAAAGUCCAAGCCGCGCUCCUCCGCCGAGGGCCGUGAGUGCGUCAACUGUGGCGCCACGUCGACGCCGUUGUGGCGACGCGACGGUAAUGGUCACUACCUGUGCAACGCCUGCGGCCUGUACUACAAGAUGAACGGCCAGAACCGACCCCUCAUCAAGCCCAAGCAGCGCAUGUCGGCACAACGGAGGGCGGGGACCAGCUGUGCCAACUGUAAGACCACCACAACAACACUCUGGAGACGCAACCAGAACGGCGAACCAGUGUGCAACGCCUGCGGCCUCUACUACAAACUACAUAACGUGCCUCGGCCGCUGUCCAUGAAAAAAGAAGGUAUCCAGACCCGCAAUCGCAAGUUGAGUUCAAAAUCUAAGAAGAAGAAGGGCAUGCUAGGCUUCCCAGACAUGCUGAAACCACUGGAUAAAGGAGGCUUCGGCGGCUUCGGGACUGGAGGCUCUGGGUUCGGCUCCAUGUCGCACUACAUGUACGGCGGCCAGAUGCACGGCUCCUCCAUGGCGGGGGGCUUCAUGUCGGCGCCGCCCAUGCACGGCAUGUCGGCCAUGUCGGGCGUAGGACUCGGCCUCUCCUCCACCUCACAGAUCCAGAUCCCCUCCGCGUCGAGCUUAGGUCUUUCUUCGUCGAACAGUAUAGUGGGCGCGAUGGCCUAGGGACACGCCUCCGCCGACGGCCGCAGCAGUUUGCUGGCCAGCCUCAGCCGCGAGGGCGUCGCUGCCUUCACCUCCGCCGCCCAGCCAAUGGAGGCGGUGGAUCCUCAACCCUCCUACAGCGGCGCCCACCUAUACCCCUCCCAAGGCGUAUCUAGCGUCUCUAGUGGGGUCAGCGGUGGAAGAGGCGGGGCUGGUCAAAUGGGGUGCGGGGACGGAGGCCUCAGCAGUGGGUACCUAGGGUCUUUACCCCCCCACCUGGCCUCCUCCUCGGGCGCCACCUGAUGCGGUGUUCGCAGCCGUCGCGCGGACCAAAAGCACAGCCCAGCCGGCGUCCAAGUCUUUCAGGUGCUAGUGAUAGGCAGUGUGUCCAGGGUGUGGGUCGCCACACUCAUAAUACUCCAGCGUACUCUUCACCUCAUUCCACUGACACUGUGAUUUUUACCUUAUUGAGGUCACUAUUUAUUUGAGGGGCGCGGGAGACGGAGAGCUGGUCUCUUGGGGACUGCAGGACCAAGUCUUCUGUGCCACCGCCGCACCCAAUAUGGACACGACCCUCUGGGAUCCCAAUAAAAAAACUUUGUUUCACACGAUGACGUUGAGGAAUCGACCGUGUGUGUUCAGUUCAGUCAGAUAUUCUCAUUUGGCUCCUGCUACAGUGGGCAAGUAGUGCAGUCCUAUUCUUUCUCUUCUUUACUUUGCACAGUGGCAAGUUCGGACUUCUAAGUCCUCUCCUAGAAACUUCAAAUUAACCCCUGGCUUUUAAAGUCGGUUUCUGAUAUUAGUAGCAUCUACUAAACAGUGAAUAACGUGUAAAACUUGAAGCCAAUGUAAAGUGCAGACCUCGCCCGACCUGAGGUUAAGACGGGAGGUACAGUUUUUGUCACUUGGCGCACGUGGAGUGUACAGUACGAGAGGCGAGUUGUAGAUAAGUGACUGAAUGUAAAAUUGUUUAUCUCUAUAAUUACUAGUCGGCUAUUUUUAUUAUAACGUGUUUCCCUAUUACAUUACCCUGGCCAAAUAACAUUUUCAUGAGAUGAUGCAUUUCACAAAAUAAGUUAACGACACAGUUUUUAAACUACUUCUGAUUUGUUGUAUGAUUCUAUGUGCUCUCAUUGGUGUAACGUCUUAACUACCCGCGUGACCCGGUGGUAACUAGGUCAAGGAGAAAUGAGAGAUAGAGAGAUCAGGUUCCCCACCAAUGAAAUGGAGGGGAACAUAUCUUUCAGAAGGUCUCCUUAGGUCUCGGGUCCACCUGACAGGUCACGAGCAAGGUCACCCCUGGCCAGGGUAAGGAAUAUUUCUGUGGUUUCUGGAAUAUUUAUGUAGUGCGCGAUGAUGCUUUCUCUGUGAAGUGUCUCAUUUGUUUUAACCAUAAAUAGCAUUGAGAGGAGUCUUGCAUGCAUUGUGAAGCAAACGCCGGUACCCAGGCGCUCCCAGACAAUGUCUUUCACUGAUGCAGUGUCCUCUACUGCCGCCUGGCAGUGCCAUAGGUCCACUUCGCCAAGUAAGGCAGCACCCUUCACUGUUGGACACUGUGUGACAGUGGUACGGUGUCCUCACCUCACUGCCGGUGAUAAACAGCUGUGACGCUACACCAUCACUGUGUUACAAUAGCCCCAUUGUCAGACAUUACAUCAUUGUCAAACAUUGUGCUGUUGUCAGACAUUGCACCGCUAGCAAACGCUGUACCGUUGUUAAACAACAGUACCAUUGAUCAACCCUAUAAUGUUAUCCAACACCUUAUCGACACGUUAUCGCUCUGAGACACUGUACCAUUGUCACCAAUUGUACCGUUGUUGACACUACCGUUAAUGAGCAACUUACCUCAGACAAUUUACCUUUGUAAGACACUACCAUUAUCACACACUGUACUAUUGUCACACACACACAUACAUUGUACUAUUAUUUGACACUGUACCACUGCCACCCAUUGUACCACUGUCACACAUUGUACCACUGUCACACAUUGUAUCAUUGUCACACGCUGUACCAGUCACACAUAGUACCAUUGUCACACACUGUACCAUUGUCACAUACACACGUUGUACCAUUGUCACACACUGUACCAUUGUCACACACACACUGUACCAUUGUUUCACUUUACCUUUGUCACACACUCUACCAUUGUCACACACUCUACCAUUGUCACACACUCUACCAUUGUCACACACUCUACCAUUGUCACACACUCUACCAUUGUCACACACUCUACCAUUGUCACAUACUGUACUAUUGUCACACACUGUCAGACACACGGGCCGCCUGGUGUACCGAAGCGUCGAUGUCACUCCUAUAACUUUUUAUUGUACGGAGAGAAAAUUGCUUCUCUCAAGUCAAGGGAAUCAUUCUGCUAUUAUAAGAUCACCGGAGUUAUGAGCCGCAGUGAUGAAGAUAAAUAAUUGUACUCUUUUUUUUUUUGUCUCUCACCAAAUUAUUGUUUUUUUCUUAAAAUUAUAUACUAGAAAAAUGACCCAAUUAUGUAAUUUUUUUCUCAUGUUUUUCAAAGUUUUAUGAUGAUUUUAUUCAGCGUUCGGGUUUUUUUUAAUAAUAUGCAAAUGACACAACUUUUUUUUAUCUUCCUUCGUUUUUAUAUUUUUUUUUGUGUUUUAUUUAAUUAUCUUAUAUGUAUUAUGUAUUGUGUCUGUGUCAUUUUAGUUCUCUCUCUCAAUGAUGUUAAAAAAGGGGUCCUGUUUAUCUUCAUGACUGACAUAAUUACUGGCAAUCUCUAAUCUUGAGAAAAAAACAUAAAACAAAAAAGGUUUUCAUAACUUUGUAAGUACAACAAACGUUUGUGAUUUUUCGAAAAAUUCCCUCUUCCCUCUCCAUGUUCCUCCAAAAAAACCCUCCAAUCCAUCUCCAUCCCUUAAUCCACCCCCCCCCCUUUUCCUUUACCCCCUACCCCUUUAAUCUUGACACACUGACCCCGUAUCCACUCAUCCUUCCAAAAAAAAAAUAAUAAUAAUGAUAAUCUCAAAAUCACAACGAAUAUGAAAUGUAAACAGAAGGUGUAUAGAGGAAAACGGCAUCACAGUAUUUAUGUUUUUGAUUUAAUAAAGAUUUGUAUAAUGAG